UUGAUUCAGCUUUAUUCUCAGGUUCUGAUAAGUAAUUGUAUCAUCUAAACCUGCACCUACCUUCAUUAUUACAGCCCACAGAAUCCAUACAGUUGUCUCUGCUGAAGAAAGUGAAUGCUUGUUUUAGGUUUCUCAGGUUCAGAAAUACAAGUAGUAGUAGAAGAAGAGGAUCGUUGUCAGAGAGUUACGAGCCAAAUUAAAACAGAGAAAUGGGUAUCUCAUUAUAUUCUCUUGUAAUCUUAAUUAUAUGUCUCAGUUUCAUAUCGUCAUCUUCCUCAGUUCAAAACACACUCUCUUCAGAACUGGUGCAAGAAAGUAAAAUGAAAGAAGGCCAAAGUAUACAUGCAUAUAAGGUGGCUAGAGGUGGAGCCUCCGGUGGUCACCCCUCAUCAAGUCACCCCUCGCCCCACAAUGACGGAAAUGGUGGCAAUUCAAGAGCGCCAGUGCUAGGUGCUGCAGUUAUUCCAAUUUAUGCUGCUGGUGCUGCCGGUGCAAAUAAUCGUGGUCACCAUCAUGGUACCAACAAUGGAAGCUUUAAUAGAAUUGAAUUUUUCACUUUGCUCAUGAUCACCUUCCUCUAUACCCCUCUCCUUCAUCUAUGUUUGUUCAUAUAAUAAGUCACCAUCAGAUUUUGGAUAUCAAACAUGCAACUAAAAAAUAUUUGUGUUUGAUGCAUUGAUAUCCAAAAUUUGAAACCUUUGGUAUCUAGAGUUAAGAGUGUAAUGUGACAUUUUAGACUGUCAUAGGAACAUAUCAUUUUGAGUGCCACAUCAUCAUAUCUUUUAAGAAAAAAUGAAAAAAAAAGGUAGUCGAAACAUCAUUUUGAGUAUCACUUAUCCUUUUAAAUUGUGUUUGAACUUUUCAAUUUUCAUGGUAUCUUAAACUUUUAAAUGUGAUAUCUAAUUGCAUUGUACAGUGCACAAAAUAGUAUCAUAUAAUGUAAGAACUGUAUAUUAAACACUUUCCCUAGUCUUGUGUGCAUGAAGUAGCUCUUUGUUUAUAUCAAACACUGUAUUAUUCAAUUUAUGUAUUAUAAUGAGUUUGAAAUUUUGUA